AUGUUCUUGUCAUUACUUACAAUCAUCGUUAUCAUCGGUAGUCUUGAAGGCAAACCGAUUAUUAUCAGAAAUAUUUCUGAUUGUAGUAUAACUGAAGAUGGAAUUCUUCAUUAUCAAGAAGUCUAUCGUGAAAUUAUAAAUGAAAUAAAUUUUUUUAAUGAUCUAUCAAUAAAAGCAGCAAAAAAUUAUUGUCGUAAUCCAAAUAUGAAUAUUAAUGGUCCAUGGUGUUUUGUUGAAAAUGAAGAUGUUAUUAGUAUGGAAGCAUGUGAUGUUUGUCAAAGUCUUGCUUCUCGACCAACGUUACCAACUAAUAUUGAAAAUAUUGAAGAUGUUACUAUUGUUGCUGUAGACAAUCAUUUUUUUCGACAUAUUCGUGAUGAAAUACAACGUUAUGCAGCUUAUAUUCGACAAAAGUUUAUGGAAUUAAUGAAUCGUAUGACAGACAAAAUGAGACAAUUAGGAACGAGAAUUUCUAAUACUUUUAAUUUCAAUGGAUAA